UGACGGUCGUUUGAGUGAGUUGCAGUUUAAUUUUGUCUGGGUUUACAAGAGCGUGAAAAUAAGGCGAGCGCUGUUCAGCAGGAAGUCAAGCUCUAUCAACGCAGUGCGCAUGUGCCGCAGCUCUCCACAAUCUAGGGAUGUGUUUCUCUUCAUAAAACGAUGAACAAACUCGUGGAUAGCUGUUAUAUGAAAGCACCCCCUCUGUCAAGUCUACUGUGAGUGUGAUGGCGACCACCGACGAGGUCACAGUGUCCAUGGGGGAGGUGGUAAUGGUAAAGGCUGAUGGAGAGGGUGACCCAGAUGACCCAAAUAAGACUCAGGUCAUCCUCCAGCUCCAACCAAUCACCACUGGAGAUGAAUCUGCUGAAACAGAUGCAGCUGUCAUGGCUGUUGAAGCACAUCCAGAACAAACUGAGGGAGAUGACGUAGAAAUCGGCUGUCCCAUAACAUGUGGCGACAGUAAAGCUGUGUUGCUAGUGAAGAAAUUUGUGUGCCCAGGAAUCAAUGUAAAAUGUGUGAAGUAUGAAGACCAGCUGAUCAGCCCCAAGCAGUUUGUGCACAUUUCUGGAAAAGCCACUCUGAAAGACUGGAAGAGAGCCAUCAGGAUGGGUGGAGUCAUGCUAAGAAAAAUGAUGGACUCAGGUCAGCUUGACUUCUACCAGCACAGCACACUGUGCACCAACACGUGUCGCAGCACCAAGUUUGAUCUUCUCAUCAACAAUACACGGUUCCCUCCAGAUGGCAGUGGACUUAGCACGCCUACAUCCUCUCAAGCUCAGGUGGUUCUGGGUAAUGGCGGGGCAGUGGGCGAGGACAGAGCAGAAGUUCUGAGUGGGAAGGUGGACUGGAGCGCAAGUUCACUGGACUCUGGAGACAAGAAGGAAUCCAAUGAGAUCUCAGAGGACACACUGAACUUCUGGAAGGGUAUUGCUGAUGUUGGUUUGCUUGGUGAAGUGGUGACCAACAUCAGCACUGAGCUGCUGGAGCUGCUGAACGGCGUGCAGCAGCUCAGAGAUCUGGCUGCCUUACAGGACACAGAUUCCUGUCUGGUAGAGGUGGCGGUGCUCAGUAACCUUGCCCAAGUGUUUGGCCUGCUGGACUCAGUCAAGAAGAUCCUUGAGAAGAGGAGGCAGCAGACGGAUCCCAGCCAGGAGCAGAUCCUCAGCACGCUCUCCAACCUGGAGGUGCAGUUGGAAGAGCAGAGGAAGCAGCAGCAGAUGCGAGCUCUUCUCUCCUGCCCGCAGCCUGCCAAAAACAAAACUCCCACCAAGCGUCAGACCAAGCGGCCUCGUCUCCAGAGGCCUGCCUCCACCACCACCCUCCUGACUUCCCCCGUGAACCAGCAGCCCCAGCAGUUCACUGUUCUUUCGCCCAUUUCGCUGACAUCUGUGGGUCAGCCGUUCACCGUGGCAGGCCUACCCAUUGCCUCUCUUGCCCAGUCCUCCAACACGGUCACUUUGCUUCCUGCCGGCUCGCAGCUUUUCACCCGCUAUAUGGUGGCUGGUGACGGAAAGGCGGACACCAUCACCUUGCACCCGUCCUCGGGCCUCACACUGGUGGGCACCACUGCUGUGCAGGACUCCAGCCAGCUGGGCACGAUGGUGAGCCCUGUAGAGCUGGUGCAGCUGAGCCAGCAGACCGGCAGUGCAGAGGUGGUGCCCAUAGAAGGCCAGGUGGUGGACGGCACCAUGCUGGUGCAGCAGGAGAUGAUGCAGGGCGAGGUGGAUGCUGGCCAGGAGCACACAGUCAUUGAGAUCAACCCGGCUCCAGUGGAGCAGGCGGUGGGGGUGAUGGAGCUGCAGCUGACCGGGGAGUCAGGCAGAGACGGGGCAGCCAUGGUUGUCCAGAGUGGGAUGGAGGUGACGAUGGCUGCAGAGGGGGAGGAGACGCAGUGCCAAAUGCAGGAGGGGCAGACUGAAGGGGUUCAGGGGCUGCAGCUGGAUGCCAGCGGACAGUUGUCAGGUGUACAGAUAGUGGUGAUAGGAGAAAAUACUCAGGAAGAAAACAAGGUGAAAUGAGACACACCUCCUAUUUUAUCCCACACAGCAGGUAUGAACUCGUACUGAGCUAUCACAGACUUGUGAAACUGUAAAUACACCAAAUUUCCAAAUCUACAGAAUGACUUGGCCUAAGACCAAGCACUAGGGUAGCCAUUUUUUCUUUUUUGUGUGUGUGUGUGCGUACGUGUGUGUGCGUGUGUGUGCGCGUGUGUAUGUACAUGCUCCUCUCAACUUCUUGUUGAUUUUUAUUGAAACAAAGAGGCAUCACAACAAAGAAUACAAUGUAUGCUCCUGUUUGUAUUUAAAGGAUAGUUCCGAUUUAUUAUAGCUUGGGUCCUAUUUUUCUGGUUUUGUUUCUGGCUUCAGUUGCGUCUGCAGUAUUUAACACUGUACUUUAACAAGUUAAAUGCUGAGAUCUGGACGUCACUUAAAAGAAGUCAGAACAGUCCAGUGAGUCAGAGAAAGGCUGCAAACAAAUCCUGAGGUUAACAAAAGAGUAAGGGACAAUAAACUGUAAAAUUGUUAUUGUUAUUAUUGUUAUUGUUAUAAACCCUGGGCCCUGAACUAGUCUACCAGCAUUUGCUGCAGGGUGCUGUGUUCAUGUUACUCUUGUAGUAACCAGCUAAUGUCUAAAAAGAAAACUAUGAAGCACUUAGUUAUAUUGGGUGGCAGCAAAAGUUAAACCAGGUUUGAUUUGUUUUGUUGAAGCCCUCUGACAGCAUCCCUGCUGCACCAGGUGGAUGGGCUCCUUCCCAUCAGUGAGAGGGCUGCAUUUUUCCCCCCAGUGGUAAAAUAAUUCAGAAAGCUGCCUUAGAGUGAAAUUUUUAUUUUGGUCAUGAUGUCAAUCAACGUCAGGUUCAGGACUCCUGGUUUAGAUAAUAGGCUAUACAUGUUUUAUUUAUAUUUAUUUUACAACUCGUGCGAUCAUCUCAGCACUCUUUCUUUCCAGGUCAGACUUAGUUGUAAACAUGUUUUGUUCCCGGAUCUCAGUAAUUACAUUGGUUGGUGUGGCGGUAUCAUUACUGAUGAAGACAAUGACCAAAACUAAGAAAAUGAGACCAAAGUUGUAAUAAAACAGAAUUAUCCUUUAAGCCUCCAUGAACAACCUGAGGAGAAUUCACUGUAACGAUGAAGUCUACAUGCAGGGCUUUAAUGGUGCUGAUGAUUCGUCAGUUCACAUCCUCUUAUACUGACUCAGUAGCAGCAGGCUGUAGCUUGCAGCCCUCUGCUGCUGAUCAGACUUAUUACCAGUUACAGUGUUGGUGUCACUUGAGGCUGGGAUUAAUUGCACUGUCUGUUGUGUUGUAGUGUCGCAUCCAAGCUGUAUUGUUUUUGCACUGUGUGACGUCCUUUUAGGACUGCAGGAAGAUGUUUGAAACGAUGCCUGUUUCUCUAAACAUUUCUUAAAACGUUGGCCAUACUGCUAGGUAUGCUGCCUGUCUCUGUGCAUAGUUAAACAGACUGAACUCCUUUCAUUGGCAUUGUAUUGCUUAUGCACUGUCAGUGCUUUCUUACUGCCUGAUUUCAUUCACAAAACUCUUUCCUUUUUCUCAGUAUCAUAGGUAGUUUGAGCUACUGGAUUGAUUGUUUAAGUUGAUAUAUAAAAGAACAUAUAUAUAUACUUAAUGUCAAAUGUGGUAUGCCUAUCUUUUACACUUGUAAAGUAGUGUCAUAUUUAUUAGUUUUCCAUCUGGCCUCUAUUUAAGGUGCAAACCUGGAUGAAUUUAUGCUCUUGGCUUUAGCUCACAUCAACAAAAACCUGUUGAAGAUUUGUGCAUUUCCAAUAAUUUAAUUUAACAAAUGAGGAUAUUUACAUACUGACUUUGUAAUGUGUUUUAAUAUCAGAUUAAAACUGAAAAAAGAA